CUGCACCGGGGACGUCUGUCCACCCGCUGAUGUCAAAUGUAGCGAAUAUUUUGCAGAAAUGCGAAUGUAGACCAAACGAAUUAGAAGAGAAAAUCAAUAAAUACGUAAAUAAAGGAAGAUGCUGCCCUAAAGUGACUGUCGGAGUGGAAGAAGAUUUUCAGUCUUUUAAUUCCUGUCCAGAUGGAAAACAGCUCUCCGUAAACGACCUGACGACAUGAGAAAAUGGGAGUUAACAAUGAACCCAGUGCAGGAGUGGGGUGAGGAGGUUGAGGACGGGGCAAUCUAUGGGGUCACUCUGCGCCGAGAUCCCCUCCCAUCAUCCCCCAACCCUCAUACGACGAGUGCAUGCUGUGCUUUCGUCCAGUACCGGACCAGCAAGGUGCGGCGUCUAAAAGCUGCUACUCUGGACCUGCUUGUGGAUCACCUGCUGGAUCCCUGCUGCCAGGAGCAGGACUACAGCAGGAUCUUCCUUUCCACAUACAGAACCUUCACCAGCACCACAACACUCUUACAGUUGCUGUUCCACAGAGACAACGCUGCUCCACAUGUGAACAAGAGUGACUACCAGAGUCCUCUAUUGGCCUUUGUCCAGACGUGGUUGGACGAGUACAGUGAAGACUUCAGGGAUCCCCCCCUGCACGCUGCACUCAGACUGCUUCUGGAUCACCUGAGGAUCAGCUCUGCUGUGCACCACAACGUGCACAGCCAGCCUAAUGUCUGCUCAUUGGCUGGCCAAGCUGAGGCAUUACUCAAGAGAUUCCAGAAAGAAGAUGCUGAACCAGAUCUCAGUUCUACCCAGUCAGAUCUGGAACAAGACGAGGGAUGUUCUGGUGAUGACGACUCAGGAUUUGAAAAUAGUUUGGAUCAAGGGAACAUCAUGGAUUUUUCUGCCUUAUCCAUUGCAGAGCAGCUUACCCAACUCGACUCUGCUCUGUUUAUAAAAGUGGUGCCUUACCAGUGUCUAGGCUGCAUUUGGUCACAAAGAGACAAGAAAGAAAAUAUGUCUCCCACCAUCCGCGCUACUGUGGCGCAGUUCAACGCCAUUACUAAUCAAGUCAUCACGUCCCUCCUCUGUCGGCCGACUGCUGCUACCAGCAGUCCCAAUCUGUCCCGUCAGCUGCCCACCACGCCGGCACAAAGGGCCCGCAUCAUCGAGAAGUGGAUCCAAGUAGCACAGGAUUGUCGUCAGUUGAAGAAUUUCUCUUCUCUGAGGGCGAUUCUGUCGGCGCUUCAGUCUAAUGCAGUUUACAGGCUGAGAAAGACCUGGGCUGCUGUUAGCAGGGAUCGCAUGGCUAUAUUUGAUAACCUGUGGGAAACCUUCCCCAAUGAAAACUAUGUUCUGACCAACAGGCAGCUCUUAGAGGAGGAUGGAGGCCAAGUGACUGUGGAUAGUAUGUCUCCAAAGAUAUCCAAAUGGUGUCCAAUCCCCAGACAUAUGAGUUCCUCCAGCGGGGUGGUUCCAUACUUGGGCACGUAUCUGACCAUUUUCACCAUGUUGGACACGGCUCUACCAGACACAGUAGAGGGUGGCCUGAUAAACUUUGAGAAGAGGAGGAGGGAGUUUGAGAUUCUGUCACAAAUCCGUGUGCUCCAGGCCUCGUGUUCCCAGUACAAUCUGCCUCAUCACACCAGGAUUGCUGUCUGGCUGCAGGGACAUAAGUUGCUCACUGACGAGGAGAGCUAUGAACUGUCCAGACAGCUGGAGCCUCCGGUGGACGCAAGUUCUCCAACACAGUGGAAAGAUCGCAUGCUCAGUAAAACACUCUCCCUCCUGACAGGAAAUGAAACAUCUAAAAGCGUCCCUGCUGAUCAGAUCAGUGUUUCAUCUUCUGGCUCCAGCGGAUCUGAUGUGGAGGAUUUUUCCUCGACGUGUUCCAUGAGACUGCAGUCCUUUGACAGCUGUAGCGACAGUGUUCCUGAGAGCUUCUCUUCAUCCUCCUCCUUUUCCCUCCGCUCCUGUGCCUCCUCUUCUCCGGACUCUCCUGGUCCUUCUAGCAUCUCCUCCAGCUGUCAUACGGAUCUAACCGAGUCCUCAGUGGCAUCUCACCACAAACGCUCUAUUUCCAUGACCACAGUGCCUGUCUAUAACCGUCAGGUGGGGGACUUGUGCAUCAUCAGGGUGAGCGUGGACCUCAGCCACUAUAAUGGCAACAUGUACAAAAGCAUCCUGUUAACCAGUCAGGACAAAACUGCUCAGGUGAUUCAGAGAGCACUGGAGAAGCACAAUCUUGAGCAUAUGAACUCUCAGGACUUCACCCUGACACAGGUCAUCUCCCAGGAAAGAGAGUUGCUCAUACCAGACAAAGCAAACGUCUUCUAUGCCAUGUCCACCACAGCAAACUUUGAUUUUCUCCUGCGCCACUUCGCAAAAGGCCAAAGGAAACUUCUGAGAGCUACGUGUAGUCUGGGACGACUUAUGAAAUCGGGCCGCUGAACAGCUGGAAUUUACUGGAAUAAAGUGUGCAUUAAUCCUAACCGCUGAACAAAGUGCACAAAACCAAAGCUCAGCGCAUUCCGUGACUGUUUCCUGCGGGUGUUUCAAACUCUUUGGGAAAUUUUACAAGACUGAUCUACAUGAUAAAGUCAAAGACGUCACUGAGACACAAACACAAACAACGUCACUAAGACUGCUGGUAGGUGUCAAGUUUGGAAAUGAAGGCAAGCGCAGAAACAUUCUGUAAUCCACAGGACAUUUCAAGGACAAUGUGACCAAAUCUGUAACCUAUUUAACUACAAAAAUGACUGACCGAUGCAGCUGGAGGCUGUUAAUAACACAGGUUUAAGAGUCGGGUGUGGAGUGGGCCGUGAACCCUCGCGGCCCUUGUUGUUGCUGCUGUGUGGGUGGCGUGUGAGAAGUGGGUGGAAACAGUCUCAGUGGGAUCACUCUGUUUCAUCUCUCUCUUUUGGCCCGGAUCCUUCGGUGUUACUGUGAUACCAUCACGUAUCUGUCAGCCCUGACUGGAAAGAUGACAUUCUUGAGCACAGGUAACAAUGGCAGCAGGAGUGACUGAUGGACCAGAAAAAACAUGGGUGCACAAGGAACCUGACUUAUUUUUUUAAAAAUUAUGAAAACCUAAUCCACAUGUAAUAUUUAUAGAGGUUUGUAUAGUUAUGUAAAGCCAUUGUAAUAGCCAUAAAUUUAAAUAUUUCUAAAUAAGUAAAAUACUUUAACAUUUUCACCUUUAAAAAUACAUAAUUUGCUGUAGUUUAGGUGA